AUGUUAGGAACCAGGAUUAUCAAUCACCUCGCAAAGCUCGUUCCCCCGUUACAGUUAAUAUCCAUUGCUGGAACCCGAAGGUUUGAACAAAGCUUUACCGGGGUCGACGUGUUGAUGCUCAUUUCAUACGCAUCGAUCCAAAUCGAGUACCGGUCUGAGGCACAUAAAAACGCAAUAAGAGCAGCUCACCGCAGUAGCGUCUCUAACAUAUCCUAUUCCUCCCUUGUCUUCGGCGGGAACUUCGAGAAAACCAGCUUUUGUCAUGUCAUGGGCGCCCAUCUCGCAACGGAGACCGACCUAGCGACAGAACUCCCUCGCCCUAUAGCCCUAUUGACCUACAUCGCUAUUUGCGAGGGACUUUACUCCGACUUAUUCUCGAUCUACCUGGCUUUGUUUGACCAACGGAAUCUGGUCGAGGAGAUUACAAUCCCGCAGUCAGGGUCCGGGCUGGGUAUCGCGUGGGCUAAACGCAAUGGGAUUGGCGAAGCUACCGCAAAUAUGAUAGUGUCAUAUACGGCAGGCCCGGAGAUAUUACGAUUUUUGAACCAGGUGGUGCUUUUGUCUAGGCCUGAGGUGAUGUCUCUAGGGGAAACUGUUCGGCUUCUGGGAAGGGCUGUUGGAAAAAGUAGCCGAUUCGGGAGAUCUCGCCGGACGAAUGUGCUCCUUUGCCGCAAGUUAGGGGAGUAUACGUCAUGUUGGGAGACAUUCAGGAGGAGUGAGGCGGCUGUGGUGUUGCUAUUGCUAGGGGAGAUAUUAGCUAGGGAGCUGGAGCGAUUUGAAACGACUUUUAAGGGGAAUGUCGGAAAGAUACUCAGAACCUUCUCUGUCAUCGCUGUAUCGAAUGAACUUGAGGGAAUAUAA